UGCUCAGACGAGCACCGAGUGAUCGAUACCCCGGCAAGCCUGACUACCCGGGCGGAGGAGAGGGCCGGAGAGUUCCGACCGAACCGAACAAGUGAUCGCCAGCCUCCGGGCAACUCGACACCGCCCGUACUCGAGACAGACUGGUAGAGGGCCCCAUGGCUGAAGACACCCAAGAGCCCCUGGCAGGAGCUGGUGCCCUCCGGGAGGCCCUCCGGGCGCUCCUGCCCCCCACUAAAGAGGAGCUGGCCCUGGAACUUGGGGAGAACGUGGAGCGCAGCGUGGUGCAGCUGCUGCAGGAGGCCGCCGAGCUCUUCUGCGGGGGCUGCCGGAGUGAGUGCCUGCAGGCCAGCGAGGCCAUCCUGGACUACUCCUGGGAGAGACUCAACACCGGGCCAUGGCGGGACGUGCACAAGGACUGGCGCCGCGUCUAUGCCUUUGGCUGCCUCCUGAAGGCUGUGUGUCUGUGCGAGGAGCCCGGGGACACCACCGCAGUGGCUGCGGCCCUGAAAGUCUGUGACAUGGGCCUGCUGAUGGGUGCGGCCAUCCUUGGGGACAUCCUCAUUAAAGUCGCUGCCAUUCUCCAGGCGCACCUCCGCUCAGGAAAGAGGCCUGGCCCAGCCCAGGAGCCACCCAGCAUGAAGAAAGCAAGGUACGACCCUGUUUUGGUUCCAGACAUGACGUCAGAGAGAACGGUCCCCCGGCUUCACUGUCCAUCCCUCGAGCAUUUCAGGAAGUACUUUUUGGUUCCUGGGAGGCCUGUGAUCUUGGAAGGCGUGGCGGACCAGUGGCCGUGCAUGAAGAGGUGGAGUUUGGAGUAUAUCCAAGAAAUCGCCGGCUGCCGGACAGUGCCGGUGGAAGUUGGCUCCAGGUACACAGACGAGGAGUGGUCCCAGACGCUCAUGACGGUCAACGAGUUCAUCAGCAGACACAUCAGGAGUGAGCCCAAGGACGUCGGGUACCUUGCGCAGCACCAGCUCUUUGACCAGAUCCCGGAGCUGAGGCAGGACAUCAGCAUCCCUGACUACUGCUGCCUGGGCGACGGGGCGGAGGAAGAGAUCACCAUUAAUGCCUGGUUUGGCCCCCAAGGCACUGUGUCCCCCCUUCAUCAGGACCCUCAGCAGAACUUCCUGGUCCAGGUGAUGGGCAGGAAGUACAUCCGCCUGUACUCCCCGCAGGAGUCCGAGGCUUUAUAUCCACACGAGACGCACCUUCUUCAUAACACGAGCCAGGUUGACGUGGAGAAUCCUGACCUGGACAAGUUCCCCAGGUUUGCCGAGGCCCCGUCCCUGUCCUGCAUCCUGUCUCCCGGGGAGAUUCUGUUUAUCCCGCUUCAGUACUGGCAUUACGUGCGGGCUCUGGACUUGAGUUUCUCGGUCAGCUUCUGGUGGUCAUAGCCACAGUGCAAGGAUGACACGCCAGCAGCAGCUGUGGCUUCACGCAUCCCCAGCUCCGCAGCUGGCCUGUCGCCAGGUCCCAGCAUUGAGACCAGCCCAACCUGGCCUGUGCCGAAGCCUGUGCUGGAGACCAAGCUGGGCGGACACGGGCGGGGGGCCCCGCAAGGUGCACGCUUCAGGCCAGGGGCCGGCAGCAGAGCCAGGUGGGCAAGCCCCCAGAAGGACGCUGCAGGCCGACACCCCAUGGAGACCAUGGCACCGAGGCCUGAAGAGCUGCGGUCACAGGCAGCAGCAUGUGCAGUGACAGAGCUGGGAUCUGGGCUUGGCUCCCUGGACUCCAACCCAGCCCCUGGGCUUACUUGCCGUGACGGUUGGGACAGGCACCUCAUCGGGUCAUGGUGUGGAAUACGGGGCAGCUGGAGCGCCCACCAGAACGUUCGAGAGGUGGUGCGUGGACCGCCCCCGCAGGUCCGUGAACGUAGCUGUCUGAUGUUAAGAAUUCUUACAACUGCUACCGACUGGUCUGUCCUGACUGGGUCUGACAGGACACCCCAACACGCAGACUCUGGUGAGAUGGUGUUGGGCAAGGGAAGGGUCCUGUGGGCUCGCUCAGCCCAGCCCAGCCAACGGCGGGAAGUCCAGGGAGGUUUAGUUAUCAUACACCCACGGCCUGACGCUUUCCAAGUGUGCGCCCUCCCAGUAGCCAGUUCCCGAAUCAUGAAACCACCAUCAGCAGCACCCAGGAACCCCCGUCGUGCCCCUCAGUCUCACUGGUCCCCCUCUUGCAGAUAGCCUUGCCCCCAGGGGAGCAGAUGGCCCUGCAGUCAGCGCCAGGGCCCACAGGCUCGCUCCAGAGCUCCAGGAGCCAAUGAGGUGCAGUUCCCGCAGCUGGGGCCUGGCCACUCAGGCGGACGGGCCUGGCUGACACGCGGACCCUGGGUAACCGAGUGGGGUGGGAGGCACCGGUGGGCAGCUGGAAAUCUUAGCUGCUCGUUUGAGCUUUAUCACUUGGGGCUCCCGGGUUUGGAGCAGGCAGAUGGGGGCAGGGCGGGGGGCGGGUGGAGCCUGUAGGACGGCUGGAACUCACACGGGGUGAGGGCUCCGAGGGCACAGGCCAAGGCCGAGGCCGGCUAUUCGGGAAGUGGAGGGAGGGCUCUCUGUGGAGACCGCUGGUUCCCCCACCUGGCAUCAUUAAUAGUUCUCUGCCAAAUUUUUCAGAUGAAGAACGUACACCAAAUAUUGAUGCCGCUGAAGGCAGUGGGUCAUAAAAUAGAAAAUAGUGUCCGGCACACCGGCCAUCAGGAAAGGCGGCCACCUGGCUCUGCAGAAGCCCUUAAGUCAGGGGCCUGCCUGCACCACAGCCCUCCCCACCCGAGGGUGACUGUGGGGCUCCGGUCUCCCAACUGCCAGGCCCCACGUCUGCUCCGAGCCACCGUUCUCAUCUGUAACAUCAUGCUUCUGAGGUUAGGGACCAGGUGACACGGGCAUUAAAACACGAUACAGAGGCCUGGCCGUCUCCAACAAAUGUCCCUUGUAAAGUGGCAAAAGACAAAAUCUUUAGGUGCCCUCUGGACAGGGGUCCAAGGCUGCCAGCUACAGCAGCUGCCGAGGGCUGGCCUCAGCCCUGUGGAGGGUAGGCUCAAGGCCACUCAAAGGAAGAGUGCCCGCCAGCUCUUCACAGAGCCAAGGAGGGGCGAGCACAAGGCCAGCUCAGCCCCCCACUCCCCACCCGAGCUGCAGAGGCCUGCUCAGGGUCUGCCCCGACAGGCACAUGUGGCCUUGAGCAGAUGUGGCCCUGCCCUGGCAGGUCACACGGUCUCCUAGGGUCUGGAGAGGAGGGUGGCAGUGAAUUCAUGCAGAUGGUGGUGAGGGCUGUGAAGGGACAGGGACAGAUGUGACUAACCACAGACGGCAUCUGAGUAAGCCAGAAGGACCAGGAGGCCAGCACUGCCCACAAACAGGUGCAGCAGCCCUGGGGCAGGAAGGCCUUGGCCCUGGGGAGAGGAAGGAACCGGAACAGCCGGAGCAAAGGGGCCUGGACUGAGCCAGGGGUGGGAGGAGCGGGGGACAAGCAAGGGUGCUGAGCCAAGGAGACAGCCUGUAAGACGGGCCGGAGGGGAAGCCUGGAAAGGGAACAGCCACGAGUGUCACCUGUCCUGUCAGUUCCUGGAGUGACCGUGUCAGCAGGGGGAGCAGGGGGUGAAGACAGGCUGCACAGGGAGGCCAACAAUGGCCUGAUCCCAAAAGCCUGGGGCACCAGACAAGGUCUUCAGAAUUGUGAAGGUUUGGUUGGGCGGGGUCAAGGAGUCCUCCAGAAGUUCACGUUGGGAUCCAUGCAGGGGAGAUGCAAGCCUUGGGUGGGGAGGGGCCAGGGGCCAGUGCUCAGAGCUUGUGGAGUCAUAGGACUCAACCGGACCUGCAUGGUAUGACCCUGCCCCUCCUUGACAGCCACACCACCAGGCCAGGCAGGCAGGAAGCAGGCUGUGGGGAACCCCCCCGCCCCCUGGCCCUCCCAAAACCCCAGUUCCAAGGUACCAUCUUUUCUCAACUGGUUUCCCUGCCUUCCCAUCAUCCCUGCAGGCUGCCAAGAAAGCCCUUCUCUGGUUGCCUGCCUGACACUACUGACCUCCCCAUGCAGUCGGGGGGUACCCAUGGGGUUCUAUCAGUGGGCUGCUGUUUGCCUCCUGAGGGCAGCGCGGGGAUCCCAGGCUGGCUCCCAGAAGCUCCAGUUGGCAGCAGUCUCACUGUCCGGAAGCUGGGCAAUGAGACCCACCUGAGGCUGGGAAGGUGAGCCUCCCAUCAGCAGGUGUCAUUUGUCCACCGUGUCCUGUAUGCUAGACGCCCCUGUGCACUGCGCUUGUGGAACGGACCGGGGCAGAGCAUCCCUGCCUGCAUGGGUGGAGGCCACACUGUCCAUUUGGUGCCAAGUUGAUUCUCCACCUGCCUGAUAAGAGCAUGUCCAGUUAUCUUUGGGAGAUAACUCUGUGGCUCAGAGGCAAGCCCUGAUUUGCUAGUGCCAACUGGCCCAUCCUGUCCCCGCCUCCGUAAGUAUCCAGAGUGGAGCUAUGACCAUGAGGUGUCUGCUGGGGCACUAGUGUGCGAGGCCUGGAAGUAUGGCUAGCAGGAAGAAAGUGGCUGGAUUUUUCUGGGAGACCAUCUAGUAGGCCCCACGCACAAGGCCAGCUCAUGAAAAUACAGCAGAGGCAGCAAAGUGGAUGCUCGGUGACAUCACGGGACCCACCGGGUCAAGCUUCUCCGGAAGGAUGCCUUCUGGCCAAGUCCUUCCCUGUUUUAGCCAGUCUGGUUAGGCUUUCGGUCAUGACUAAAGGGGAUAUUCAGGGUGGAAGAGACGGAGACAGGAACCAGAAGGCAAGUGUGAUGAGCAGGGAAGUGUGGGUAAAUGGGGACCGAGGGCUGGAAGCGGGACAAGAUCCAAAGAGCAGCCAGACACAGACAAUGGUGGGAAACAAGAAGGGAAAGUUCCUGAGCAGAGGGCACAGUGUGUGCAGGGGCUCCGAGGCCAGGAACAGAGGGCCCUUCCGAACUGAGGGAAAUGCCACGUGGGAACAGCGGGCACAGCCCGGCCUCCUGGAUCCCGGGUCUACACCUGAGCCCCUGGGCAGCAGGAGCCACACCACGCUGACGUGUCAGGGGCAGGUCGCCUUGGUGGGAGAACCUGGAGCGGGGGGGCCGGCUGCCCCAGGAGCAGACCUAGCAGAGGCGGAGGGGGCAGGGGCAUAGGAUUCGGAAGCUGGUUUGACGCAGGACAGAGGGAGGAAGCUGCAGCUAGGACAGCAGAUGGCAAGGCAGCCCGUCGCCAUGCAGGGGUGGAGGGCCCCAGGAGGAGAGUGCCCUCCAGCCCAGCCUGCCAGCCUCCUGCCCGCUCAGGCAAGCUGCCUCUUGGGCCACAGGAGGCUCCAGACUGCAGGGAGCUGGGGACAGCUGGGCUGGCCUGCGCUGAAGGGUCAAGUGACCCAAGCCAGGG